UGGUGGGGGCCGUCUUUCUGAUCUUUGCAGAUUUGGUGACAAGCUUAGGAAAGAUUGUGGCAUCACUGCGAAACUCCUGCAAACCAAGGAGAGGAACCUCCCUGAUGCUCCCUGAUGUAACUGAGAGGUCCAGCCAACAGGUGUCUGCUGUUGCCCUUUGAAAAACUGAAUGCAUCUGAAAUUGCACUAUAAGAAAACGUGGAAGAAGGAAGCAUCUCAGUAGAUACACGCCAUCUUCCAGGGACAGGCUCACUGACCCGGCGCAGCUCAGAUCCCCGCUGACCUCCUGAUAUGAAGCUCCAUCUACUUGUGUCCAUCGCGGUCCUCCUAGUCGCCUUUCUGCCCCGGCAUGAAUGCAGAGCCAUCGAGCCCCCCGGCGCCCUGCCGGCUCCUGCCCACCAGUCUGCUCCACAGCAGCAGCAGCAGCAGCAUCUUCCGCUUCUGGUGCGUCUCGGAUCGGAGUACUUCGUCCGGCUUGGAGACGGCGGUCGCGGGCAGCCAGUCAUUCCGGUGUCGUCCGCCGACGCGACCGUCAAAAAGGCGCUUGAUCUGCAGUUAACGCAGCGCCUCCUGCAGAGCAAGGUCGACAACCUGAGCCGGUUUGCCGGCAGCCUCGCCGAGCCGGAGGAGAGGGCAAAGCGCUCUGAGGAGCCUCCCAUUUCACUGGAUCUAACUUUCCACCUGCUCCGAGAAGUGCUGGAAAUGGCCAGAGCGGAGCAGCUGGCACAGCAAGCCCACAGCAACAGGAAAAUGAUGGAAAUCAUCGGUAAAUAAGCGUGACCGACAUCCAUCUGCCAAAGAAAGUUUAACAUCCAGCACAAACACACUAUAUUACAUACCAUAGUGCUGCUGUAUCUAUUUUCGUUCGUCCAAUUAUUUAUCUAUUGCCUUAUUUAUUUUAUAGCUUUGACUAUAAAUCUGGAUUUUUAUUUCGCUUGGUGGUAAUCAGAUUGUGUGCCAAAAUGCAAGAAAACUGUCGUCAAUUUGUAUAACUGUUGUAACAGUGCUGAAAGUGUAGCAUUUACACAGAAUCAACCUAUACUUUGUCUUAAAAGACCAUUUAUUUUAACUAGAUUGUAGAAACCCCACAA